CUUUUUUUUUUUUUCUCUUUUGUGAGUUUUUCUUUAUAUUUUCUCAUUUCAAUUCUCGGGUUGCAGGGUCACAAUGGCCAACGUUAGAAUAAAUGCCGCUGUGAUUCUCUUGUUUCUACCUUUAGUUUUUUCUAACGUGGCCGACGCCUUAGGUUUUGGAAGCAAUCCGGGCGGCCCUCCUCCUACUGUUUUUAACGUUUUAAAAUACGGUGCUGUGCCUAAUGGUCACGACGAUUGCGCCGAGGCAUUUGUGCAAGCAUGGCAGGCCGCAUGCCACCAUCCCGGAGGCAACGCCAGACUUCUUGUCCCAGCAGGACACUAUAAACUUCUCCCAGUUGUAUUCCAGGGGCCAUGCACUACCUCACCCAUUGUUGUUCAGGUGCAAGGAAUUGUUACAGGAUCAGAUCAGGUAAGUGAUUACGAAGAAAACCAAUGGAUCCUAUUCGAAAAUAUUAAUGGCUUGGUUCUUACCGGCGGAGGAACUUUUGAUGGUAGCGGUGACAAAACAUGGAAAUACAACGACUGUCACGUGAAUCCCGAUUGCCAACUUCUUGCUGUUGGGUUGAAAUUCAGCCAUGUAACCAAGGGAGUCGUUAGACAACUCAAUUCUCUCAACCCUCAAGGAUUUCACAUGUCACUCUACAAAUGCGAUGAUUUUAAGAUACAUAGCAUGCACAUUACUGCCCCAAUGACUAGCCCUAACACUGAUGGAAUUCAUGUUAGUACAUCAAACAACAUCAGAAUUUCCAGAAGCACUAUUGCAACUGGUGACGAUUGCGUCUCCGUUGGCCAGGGUUCCACCAAUGUGUCUGUCUCCAAAGUCACCUGUGGCCCAGGACAUGGAAUUAGCGUUGGAAGUCUUGGAAAACAACAAGAUGAACUGGAUGUGAGGGGUCUUAUUGUGAGGAACUGUACUUUGAGUGGAACCGAAAACGGUCUUCGAAUCAAAACCUGGCCUGCCUCACCUGCAAUCAAGGCUUCUCACUUCAUUUACCAAGAUAUAAUCAUGAACAAUGUCAAGAACCCAAUCAUCAUUGAUCAGUGUUACGGAAGCAAGAAGAAGUGCGUUUCACAGCCUUCUAGAGUGGCCGUUAGCGAUGUUCACUUCAUAAACGUUCAUGGAACCUCAGUUUCAAAUGUUGCUAUAAAUAUUGGAUGCAGCCCAAUGGUUCCUUGCCAAAAUGUAGACUUGUUCAACGUCAACUUGAAGUACACUGGUCCUGCUAACCAUGGCUCAGAAUCAUCUUCCGUGUGUACAAACGCGAAAGUUGGUUUCCGAGGAAUCAAUUAUCCUGCACUUUGCAAGGCUGUCGCUUAAAAAAAAAAAUGAUAUUUCAUCAUUUCUAGGCGGUGUUAGUCCUCUACUGCUGCAUUGCCAUUGAUGGUGUCUUUUAUGAGAAAUGCUUGCUGCGUUGCCAUUAAUUAAAUUUAUAAGAUAACUUAGAGAAAGUCGUGUCUUUAACAAUUACACAAAACAUUGUAACUUAUUACACAAGAAAAAACAGAAGCAAAUUAAUGAUAUCGGGUGAGUAAUUUUAGGUGUGCAAACAUCAAUUGCUAAGAAGAAACAAUUCAUGAAAGUUUUGGAUCUUCAGUAAGCCAAUUGCAACA